ACAUUAUAACCUCCGGUAAACCGGAGAUCACGGCGGCGAUGCUCGACGGAGCUCACAUGUUGACGCCAUUGCUAUGACCCCCAAUAAAUUGCGACACUAUCCCUGCGUCGUACAGAAUUUCCUCAAUCUCGCAUCGCGCGGCCAGCUCUGUCAAGCAGUUGACGCCUUGCCCUAUUUAUCUAAAGGAGGCGUUUUGCUCAACUACAAAACCAUCGCCUCUCUCCUCCGCCGAAUCGCCGAUGAGAAGUCGAUCAAGGCGGGGAAAUUGGUGCACCUCCAUUUGAAGCUGACAAGAUCGAAGCAUCCCCACACUUUCCUCGCCAAUCAUUUGAUACAAAUGUAUGCGAAAUGCGGCGAUCAUUCUAGGGCACGGGAGGUUUUCGACAAAAUGCGCGUCAGAAAUUUGUAUUCUUGGAAUAAUAUGCUCUCUGGUUACGCGAAGCUGGGGAUGGCGAAGGAUGCGCGGGAGGUGUUUGAUAAAAUGCCUGAGAGAGAUUUCGUCAGUUGGAACACGAUGGUAAUGGCGUAUGUGCAGAGCGAGAGGUUAGAUGAGGCUGUCAGGUGUUACUUGGAGCUGAGAAGGUCGGAUUGCGGGUAUAAUGAGUAUAGCUUUGCUGGGGUGUUGACGGUUUGUGUGAAGUUGAAGGCUUUGUGGUUGUUAAAGCAGCUGCAUUGCCAAGUUUUUGUACUUGGAUUCUUGUCAAAUGCGGUUCUAUCGAGUUCUGUGAUGGAUGCAUAUGCGAAAUGUGGUGAGAUGGGAGAUGGGAGAAGGUUGUUCGAUGAGAUGAAAUGGAGGGAUGUUCUUGCUUGGACCAUCUUGCUCUCGGGCUAUGCUAAAGACGGUAAUAUGAAAUCAGCUCAUGAGAUCUUUUAUUCAAUGCCGGAGAAGAAUUCUGUUUCUUGGACAGCAUUGAUAUCAGGGUAUGCUCAGAAUGGAAUGGGGCGUCACGCCCUUUAUCUAUUCAAAGAGAUGAUCAAGAUGAGAAUUGAGCCGGAUCAGUACACGUAUAGCAGUUGCUUGUUUGCUUGUGCAAGCACGAUUUUGUCUCGCCAUGGUAUGCAGCUUCACUCACAUUUGAUAACUGCUGGUAUUAGGCCUAAUGUGGUAGUUGUGAGCUCUCUAAUUGACAUGUAUUCAAAAUGUGGAAGUUUACAUGAUGCAAAACAUGUUUUUGAUGAUACAAAAAACAAGAAUCAUGUUGUGUUAUGGAACACAUUCAUAUCUGCAUUGGCACAUCAUGGAUGUGGUCGGCAAGCUCUAAAGAUUUUUACAGAUAUGGUUGGGUUAGGUUUGAGACCUGAUAGUGUGACGUUUCUCGCCCUCCUGAAUGCGUGUAGCCACUCGGGGCUCGUGCAGGAAGGGCUGGCAUUGUUUGGCUCGAUGAAGGCGGAUUAUCAGAUUGUGCCCUAUCAAGAGCAUUAUGCUUGCUUGAUUGAUCUACUUGGGCGAUCUGGCUGUUUUGAUGAGAUGAUGAAUCAGCUCAAGAAGAUGCCAUUCAAACCCAAGGAUUGUGUUUGGAACGCCUUGAUUGGUGUUUGUAGGAUUCAUGGGAAUGUAGAGUUAAGCAAAGUAGUGAUGAGGCACCUUGUGGAGGUAGACCCUUGUUCCCCUGCAGCGUAUCUUCUGCUUUCAGCUAUAUACGCUGCUCUUGGGAGGUGGGAUUGCGCGAAGGAAGUGAGAGACCUAAUGAGUUCAAGACGUAUUCAAAAGGACCAGGCUGUUAGUUGGGUAGAAGUCGAUAGAAAAUUGCAGUUAGAUACCAAACAUGGAAGGGAUACAACCUCGGUGUUGGAACUGUUAGCUGAUGGGAACACAAUAUACAGUGUUGAAAGUUAAAAAUUCCUACAUUUUUUAUUUGCUUCACCACCCGCCAUUGAAAUAAGGCAGGGUAGAGAACUUGAAAAUCACCUUACCAAGUUUAUGUCACUUGGUUAUCUGAUUACAGUUUUUCUCUUCAUUUUCA